AUGAGUUCUGUGAAUUCUUGUUCAGAUUUGCAUUCAACUAUUAAUGAACAAUCAUUUCAUGAUGAAUCAUCUUCAAGUAUGAAUAUUGAUCAUUCAAAUAGCAGUAAUUCUUGUUAUAGUUUUGAUUUUGAGCUCUACAAUACUGAAACUUUUAAGCUUGUUCCUUAUGAUAAGUUGAUACAUAAGAAGUCUUUCAAAGGAUUGUUGUUUGAUUCGUUGGACAUUGGUCUUGACUUUUACAAGACUUAUGGUAAAGAAUCUGGUUUUGAUGUGAAUAUGUCAAGUCAAAAAAGAUACAAUGAUGGCACAAUUCGUAUUAGAUAUUCGACAUGUAGUAGAUCUGGUUUCACGGAGUCAUUCAAGAAUGAAAAUAUUCAUGUGGAAUUUUCAGAUGUUAAGGGAAGGAGAACUUCUUCUAAGAAGAACGGGUGCCCUGCUGUUUCAAAGUUCAAGAAUCUCCGAUGUUCUUUAAUGUUCUACAUUUAUGUGUUUGUUGAAGAUCACAACCAUGAACUUGUUGCUCAAGAUCAGUUGCACUUAUUAAGGAUUAAUAGGACAAUGGAUUUUCUUGAUGAAUCCUUUAUACAUAAGUUCAUGAUGUCGUUUGAUAGUGCAAUGGAGAAGCAAAGGCAUCAUCAAUCUUUAUUAGAUUAUCAGUCUACAACUACUACCCCCAAGCUAAGGACUCCUUUGGCUAUUGAAAAGCAUGCAUCGAAAAUUUAUACACAUAAUAUUUUCUUGGACAUUCAGAAAGAGUUAUACAAAUCUGUGUUUUAUUGUGUUCAAGAAUCUGUAGUUAUUGAAGAUGAAAGCGAAGUUUAUGUUUUGAGAGAUAAGAAGAAAAAAAAGUUGAUUGAUAAAAAUGUGAAUGAGGAUGAAGAUUCUGAUGAUUUUUAUCGAAAUAGUCUUACUUCUCAUUGUCCUAAUACUCGUUACAAGGUUGUAUUUAGUAGAAGGGGUGAUAGCAUUAGCAUCAGUUGUAGCUGCAUGCUUUUUAUCCAGGAAGGAUUGUUAUGUCGUCAUAUGUUUUUCAUAUUAAAUAUGAAAGAGUAUGAUGAAAUUCCAUCAAAUUUCAUUUUGAGGAGAUGGGGAAAAUAUAUCAUAGCUGAUGGAUUGUUGAGAAAAAAGAACUCAUAUCCUCAUAAAGGCAGUAAAAAUGAAUGUUUGAUUCAAGAUGUGUAUGCUAUUCAUCGUUUGUCCAUUAACAAGAUAGCAAAUAAUGAGGAUGAGUUGGCUAAAUAUAUAAAGAAACUUCAGGAGGUUGAUAAUGUACCUGAUGUUAUCAACAUUCAUAAUUCAGAGGGGAUCAGAAACAAAGGAUGGGCCAGUGGUAAAAGAAUCAAGAGCACUAGAGAGAAAGUGAUUGAGAAAUCUAAAAAGGGUUCUAGGUUGUGCAGUUUACGUCAUAAACCAAAUCACAAUGCUAGGAGUUGCAUUUUGAGGUUAAAGAAGUCUGAUUUAGAAUCUGAGGUUACAGAAGGCUGA